AUGAAAGUCUGCCCGUACAAAGCCCUCUCGGUGCUUGAGAGUCUUGGCCUCAACGCUCUGUCCUACAAGACCUGUCCAGCUACAGCAUCAGUCUCCGCCUGCUGCACAGCACUCCAGUCCACCUCCCUCAAGACCUCCGUCCACGACCCUUCGUCCCCAGCCUACCACAUCUCGCAAGCAAACUACUGGCGCGUUGACAACACCCAAUUCUAUCCCUCCUGCAUUGUUCAGCCACGCUCAGCGUCCGACCUUUCCACAGCCCUCUCCGUACUAGUCUCAACCAACGACAAUACGCCGCAAUGCCGGUUUGCCAUCCGCGCCGGCGGGCAUAGCACGCUCGUCGGUGGGACGAAUGUCGAGUAUGGGGUCACCAUCGAUCUCUCGGUGCUGAAUAGGACGGUCUACGAUGAAGAGAAGCGCAUUGCGUCGAUUGAGCCGGGAGCCAGGUGGAAGGACGUUUAUGGGGCUCUUGCGAAGUACGGGGUCGGUGUUGCCGGUGGACGGGGAGGGACGGUAGGCGUAGGCGGGUUUCUGGUGGGUGGAGGGAAUUCGCAUCAUAGCGCACUGUUUGGAUUCGCUUGUGAUUCUGUGGUCAAUUUCGAGAUCGUCCUCCCCAACGGCACCCUCACCACCGCAAACAGCACCCAUAACCCGCGCCUUUUUAGAGCUCUCAAAGGCGGCUCCGGCAAUUUCGGAAUAGUAACGCGCUUCGACAUGGAGACGUUCCCGCAGCCGCGCAACUCCAUAUGGGGUGGGAUCGUCACAUACGAGCACGACGAGACCAACGUCAAUGCCCAGAUCAAAGCCUUGAUUGAUUUCACAGCGAACGUCAAGAACGACCCCUACGCCUCGUUGAUUCCACUGUACACGUACAUCUCGACGAUGGACAGACCAGUCAUCGUCAACUCACUCGUUUACACGAAACCCUAUGCGGACCCGUAUCCGGAUGCGUUUAAGCCAUUUUAUCUGCUGUCGAAUAUCUCUGACACGACCCGGCAGACAGACCUUGAGGGGUUGGUUGGAGAGUUAGAGCCGGAGAGUGGGCUGCAUAGUAACUUCUUCACGGUGACGUUUGCGAAUGACGCAGCGAUCUUGAAGAAGGCGGUUGAGAUCCAGGAACGACUGAUUAGGCAGGUCAGAAAGAUUGCGAAAAGCAGCGAGUGGAAUAUCAAGAGUCUGUAUCAGCCGUUGCCGGUGGACCUCCUUUGGCUUACCUGGGAUCAUAUCGACGAUACGGCGCUGUUUGACUGGGUUGGAGAGACAUUUAUGAGUGAGCUGGAUGACUUCGCGCGGUCUGUUGGAGGCGAAUAUCCCUAUGUCUAUCUCAACUAUGCGGCCGAGUCGCAGAAUCCGCUGCGGAGUUAUGGAGAGGAGAAUCUCGAAUUCCUCAAGGCUGUGGCAAAGGAGUAUGAUCCUCAUGGCAUUUUCCAGACGCAACUUCAUGGGGGGUUCAAAGUUACUUUGGCGUAG